AACUGUUGGAAAACUCUAGUUUGUCUUACUAAAAUGUAGUCGAAUAACUAAUAGUUCUAACAAUUCUAUUAAAUAUAGUUAAAAACUAACUACUCUGUUGAAAUUUCGCUUGCUCCAGGGUAUAGUCUCAGGUAUCCCCAUUUGGGAAGGAAUGCUGAAAACUCUUACUGAGCCAGAAGAAAUCUUAUCUAUGUUAACAGGACAUAGAGUUGGUAUCUUUUCUAAUGCAAGCAGUAAACUUGCAAAGAGAUAACAGUUUGCAUAAAAAUGUAAAGAAUGCUGAAAAUGUUGCAAGACCUGAUGUGACAAUCACCGAAAUGAAUAUGUAGGUUGCAUCCCUUUUGAAUAUGUAACAGAUUGAACAACACUUCAAGGAUAAAUGGCGAACGCGAUGUGACGGUCUUUGAACCAGAUUUGGGUGCGUACCCCUGGUUCCCGGGGCCUCGAAAUAAAGCACCGCAUAUAACCUUCUUCGUAUGGUUAUGUGUUUGUCUCUACGCUAACAGUUUUGGCGACCCAGAUGGGACCUCGCGGGCAUUGCUGAGGCGGCUCGCAUCGAUCCCGCUCCGGCCGGCACCGAGUGAUUCUCGGGGAGCCAUCGACCGCAACCGACCUCUGCUGCCCCCGACGGACCGAGGAUUAUAUUGAACUUUGACGCGGCUGCGGAGUACUCUGGUUUGGAAUCGACCCUUGUCGUUGGAACACCCAGUGCACAAUAUCAAUCCAGGAGACCAGGUUUACGUCCGUGAUUGGGUUGAGGAACCACUGAGAGAACGGUGGAACGGACCGUAUCUGGUGCUGCUGACUACCUUUACCGCGGUUAAAGUGAAGGGAAUUGAUUCCUGGAUUCACUACACACGGGUAAAGAAGGUUCCCGGAGAGUGGCAAGCAGAAGUAACUGGACCUACAAAGCUGAAACUUACAUACCAGAAGGAUGUCUAAUUACGUCUAUGGGACAAUCAUAAUAAUAUGGUUUCUGAUGAAUAUGACUUUUUCCACAGGCACCCACCGGAAGAAUAGAAAUGUGAGAUAUCAUCCAGAACAAAAUGCCAUUCUGUCUUGCACGGUUCAAAAUCAGAAAGUGGCAGUAACAUCGGGAAAAGGAAUCCAAUUCAACAUUAACAAAGGAUUGGAAAAGAUAAUAGUAUCCCAUAGAGAAAGGCGAGAUAUAGAGCCCACUCCAACACCACAGGUAAUACACCUCCCCUCAAGGGACCCUGAGGAAAACUUAAUAAUAGGCUUAAUUAAGGAUUUUGCAGGAAUACAGAAUACCAGUAAAAUCACUGCUUGCCUUCCAGUUCCUAAGGCAGCGGGGGAACCUAUAAACUGGGGAAUAAUAACUUUCCCUCUCCCAACAUCACAGGGAAAUAAAACUGAGUGCAAACAAAUAACCAUAGAAAAGGAACGGCAGGUCAGGGUGAAAGGGGAAUGGCUGCCAAAACAGAUUUGUAACCAGCUCGCAAACUCCACCUUCAUUACUAAGAAUUCAGGAGGAGAAUUUGGGGUAUGUAUGUAUGAUAGAAUUAUCACAAAAACAGAGACACAAUGGGAAUGCCAAGAAAGACAAAAACAAUUAGAAUGGGAAACCAUUUGGUCAACUAAUAUCUUGCAAAAAUUCCACUAUGGUGGUAACACUUCGUGGUGUAUCAAAUGGGAGGGAAAGCAGGACGCAACAAUUCCAACCGAAACCCUUUUGGCCAAUAAUGGAGUUAGUCGAGAAGUGAUACAAAACGUACCUUGGUGGAAUUGUUCUGAAAUAUGGGACUGUGAUUCAAACCCAGAUGAAAUAACAAUACCCUCCGUAAGAGUGGCUUUAAAGGCUGGGUGCGCCUGCCGGGGAUACAAAAGUGGAGGACAGAUGAUCCCCUAUCAUAAACCAGAUUGUAAGUAUGCAACUAUUAAGAGUAUGGGAAAUUUUGUAUGGGCCAAUAGUGAUGGAACGUGGACUACCCAUUUACCAGUUACGGGGAAGGUUAAAGAAAUCACAUUAGGCUUACCCACCUUAUGCCCGAUUUGGAAACGUUCCCCCUUUAAAGGGAAACUGGAAACUCUACAAAUCAACAGAAUCAAAAGAGAUAUAAAGGAAGAUGAUACAUGGCAGGGGCCCUCUACAGGAGUGAAGGUAGGAUGGGCCCUUGAAUCUCUCUUUGCUGCUCCAGUAGCUACUUACCGAAAUAGAGACAUGAUUUACAAAUUGAUAGGGCAGACUGAAAGGUUAGCUAGAGUUACUAAAAAGGGGUUCAGAGAUUUGAAUAUGCAGCUCCAAGCAACGACAAAAAUGACUUUGCAGAACAGAAUGGCAUUAGAUAUCUUAUUGUUGAAGGAACAUGGCGUUUGCGGAUAUUUAAAGGAUCGAGUUGAUCACUGCUGUGUGCAUAUACCGAAUGUAACCAUGGAUAUAGAAUAUGACAUAUCUCAACUCAAGAGAAUUGAACAAGAAGCUGAAGAAGAAAGAAAAGAGAUCGGCCAUAAUUGGAUAGGAGAAAUAUUUAAUGGAUUGGGGAUUCAUUUAGGCGGGUGGCUACAAUCACUUUUAGAAACUAUUUGCACACUCUUGUUAGUAUUCCUGGUCAUCUACCUAGUAUACUUGUGUAUCCGUCAAGAAAUCACCCGUAACACUAGCUGGACGCAUAAGAUUAUAGGAGCAGUAACCCGGGAAUACCCACGACGCCUGACCCCGCCACCGAAGUACUACGAGACUACGAGAAUGGAGAACUAAGGUGAAAAACUGAAAAAUGGAAAUACCUUCUUAAUGAAAGAAGGUAUUUCCAAAGGGGGGAAAUGUUGGAAAACUCUAGUUUGUCUUACUAAAAUGUAGUCGAAUAACUAAUAGUUCUAACAAUUCUAUUAAAUAUAGUUAAAAACUAACUACUCUGUUGAAAUUUCGCUUGCUCCAGGGUAUAGUCUCAGGUAUCCCCAUUUGGGAAGGAAUGCUGAAAACUCUUACUGAGCCAGAAGAAAUCUUAUCUAUGUUAACAGGACAUAGAGUUGGUAUCUUUUCUAAUGCAAGCAGUAAACUUGCAAAGAGAUAACAGUUUGCAUAAAAAUGUAAAGAAUGCUGAAAAUGUUGCAAGACCUGAUGUGACAAUCACCGAAAUGAAUAUGUAGGUUGCAUCCCUUUUGAAUAUGUAACAGAUUGAACAACACUUCAAGGAUAAAUGGCGAACGCGAUGUGACGGUCUUUGAACCAGAUUUGGGUGCGUACCCCUGGUUCCCGGGGCCUCGAAAUAAAGCACCGCAUAUAA